AUGGCCCUCGCCAUAAACACCUCCAAGCGCAAAUUCCACAAGCUCCUCGACAACCUCACCAACAGCUCCACCACCAACCUCUCCGCCACCCCUGCCGGCCACACCUCCACAGCCUCCCUUGCCGCGACCUCUGAACCUCCAUCCAAGCGCUCCCACCUCUCCAACACCGCUCCAACAACCACCACCGCCAGACCCAGCACCGACAGACCAAACGCCGCCCAUCCCAGACCCUCAACAAGCACCUCCUCCCGCCCCUCCAGCGUCCGCAUAAUCGGAGCUCCGAACACCUCUCAACUACCAGCCUCGCCUCCGAGGACACCAAACUAUACCCCGCACUCGCGUCCCGCCUUCCUUGCGCGCUUACAGACGUUCUCAGACGUCCGCCUCUGGAGUCCCAAGCCAGAAAAGCUUAGUGAGAUCCACUGGGCAGCGCGGGGCUGGCGCUGCGAGGGGCCCCACCCCGAUACCGUUGCUUGUAAAGGCGGGUGUGAGGCCCGGGUCGUUAUUAGAUUGCAGCCUCACCGCACAACCGAAGAUGAGGCCGGGGGUGAGGAGAGCGAGGACAUGGAGAUCGGGGUUGAGGAGGAGUUGGUGAGCAGAUACGCGGAAAUACUUGUGACAGGACAUGGGGAGGGGUGUUUGUGGCGGCGGGCAGGUUGCAGAGAGGGGAUAUAUCGAAUUCCGGUGGAUAGGGCGCUGUGGGCGGAGGGGGUCAGGGAGAGGUUCGCGAGUUUCAGGGGGAUGGAGAAGGAGUUACCGGAGGUGGAGUGCUGUAAGAUCCCCAUGGUGGAGGGCGCGAAUUUGGAUCAGUUGUGCGCCGCGGCUGGGGAGAAAUAUCUGCGGCCGAAGAAGUCAAUCACGCCAGAUGAUCAGCCGGACACUCAGGCAGAAGGGUCGGCGGCAGCGGAAGAACCAGAGUCUCCAGACACCAUCGCACUCGCCCUCUCCCUCUUCGGCUGGUCCCUCGAAACAACCCACAGCAUCUCCGUCCUCCGGUGCCACGACUGCUUCCAGCGUAUCGGCCUCUGGCUAUACCGAGCCGAGAAACUCCGCAACGACGCCGCGCGGCUGGAUCUCAAUCUCGAGGAUCUCAAACUCAACCUCCUGACGGCGCACCGGGAGUACUGUCCGUGGAAGAGCGCGGCGAGUCAAGCUAACCCGCCGGACUCAAGAUGGGCGGGGAAGGCGUUCUGGGAGAUGUUGAUGGAGGAUGUGACGGUACGGCCGAGGGUUGAGGUGGAGGAGAAGAGGAGCACGGGGAGUUUGGAGGGAGAGGAGGGCGAGGAGGAGGAGAGAGUGGUGCCAACAAGGAAGGAGAUCGAGGAGCAGGAUCAGGCAAUGAAGAGGAGGUUGGAUAAGGUCAAGAGGGCGUGGAGUACGAUCACGAGGAAGAAGUCGGUAGCUACGCAACGACCCCAGUCAGGGUGA